AUGUCAUAUAAUCUCAUCACAAAGCACGUGAAUUAUAGCGAUGCGGGGCACACACACGAUAAAGCCAUAGUGGAAGAAAAUCCGUAUAAACGUCCAUUUUUGUGUCUUUCUUUUGCUCGGCUACCGUUUCUGCGUUCACUUUCUCUACAUAUCACACACACACACUGUCUUUCUCUCUCUCACUCUCUCUCUCUCUCUCAAUCACAUCCACUUCUCUUUCUCUCGCACACUCUCAUUUUUGACUCCCUCAAUUUCCCUCUAAUGUUUACUUUCAAUUCCACAAAUUCUGUCUCUCUUUCAGUCUCCCUCGCCUUCACUCUCUCAUUUUAUUCUCUCUCAUUCUCACCCACUCUUUACCCUUCGUCUAAUUCUUUCUUUCUUUCUUAUUGUACAAUAUUCUCUUCCUCUUUCUAUAUUUUAUAUCACUCUCUUCCUCUCUCUCUCUCUCUCUUCCUCUCUCUCUCUCUUCCUCUCUCUCUCUCUCUCUUCCUCUCUCUCUCUCUCCCGUUCUUUUUUUUUUUCUUUUUUUUCUUUUUUUUUUUUCUUUUUUCUAUUCUUUUUUCGUUUCUAUUUCCUUUUAUAUUUCUUUUUCUAUCUUUUCUAGUUUUCGGUUAUCUCCCUUUUUCAUUUUUCUUUUCCUAUCUUUUCUGUCUUUUUUUCACUUUUUUUUUUUUUUUACUUUUAUCGUUCUUCUUCCUUUGCCCAUUAAUUUUGUUUUUCUUCUUCCUUUAUCUUUUCUUCCUUUUUUCUUUCUCUCUUUUUCUCAUUCUUCUUUCUUUUUUCUGGCUUAUCUUCCUCCUUUCUUUUAACUUAUCAGUCAUUCACUCUGUUUGUGUGUUUCUUUCUUUCUUUUAUCUUUAUAGAUGUUACUCCCUAUCUUUUCACUAUUCCUUUUUAUUUCUCCCUAAUAUCGACUGUUUUUUCUCUUUUAAUAACAUCUUUCUCUUUUAUGUUUUCUCCCCUCUUUUAAUAUCUUCAUUUCUUUCGUUUUUUUCCCCUCGACGGAAAAUAUCCAUCUCUCUAUUUCGCGAUCCGCACACAGAGGCCCAGAAACCCUUUAGUUCUUCUCCAGUCGAACUGCAAAGGUUUCUUUCAAUCACAAACCAGAUAUCCGUGCGUUCUGCUUGUCUACAUGCAAAUCCUGCGGCCUCCCGAACGCCUACCCGGACCCUUUUCACACAUACCCGCGCGCCUGUCCGUGCGCACACACGUAUACAAAGAAAUCUCUCGAGAGAGAGACUUAGGCGCGUAGAGAAAACGAUCACAUUCGCUCGCUACACAGAUAUGCAUCACUCCAACUCGGCGCACAUGCCAACCCGCAUGCUCGGCCACAGCUCUGAAACUCGCCCACACGUUUCAACUCCACGCACACGUAUACAGCUAUCAAACUUCUGCGAGUGUAAAGGUGGCUCGAUGUCCUAUCGACAAAUUCUUCUUCACUUGGACACGCCUCAGUCGUCGCCGCCGGUCACUCUCAAUGUUUCCAGUGACCAAUACACGCCUAUCUCUCCAAUGUCAUUCUCUCUCUCUCUCUCUCUCUCUCUCUCUCUCUAUCUAUCUAUCUAUCUAUCUGUCUCUUUCACUUUGUCUCCUUCCCUUUCUCUUUCUCUCUCUCUCUCUCUCACUCACUCUCUCUCGCUCCAUCCCAAGCGAAAUAUCGUCUGUUAUGAAUGA